CGGCUCCGCGACGCCAUUGACUCGCGCAUUGCAGAGGAACAGGCCCGCCAAAAAACAGCCCAGGAUAAUGUCUCCCGCUCCAACUCCGCACGGCGCCCGGCCAACAGUAAUCUGCCCCCCGGCCAACGGUCCCGCCCACGGCGUAACACUGGCACUCCGGUUCGAGGCCCUGACCCAAAGGAAUUCGAAGCUGAAUUCGCCAUCGGUGAUGAUGAGUCGAGUCGGUCGGGUACGCCUCGUGUAGAGACACCCGAUCCGGCGUCCGAAGUGGCCAGCUCAGCGGGUGAUCGACCGGAGGAGACAGAAAACCAGACGACCGAAUCCUCUACCGAUACAACAGGAAAGACUUCAGCCAAUGAGAAGGAGACCGCACUACCGGCGGCGGAUGUCGAUACUAGCAAACCUGCCGCGGCGGAGUUGCCCAUAGACGUGAAAGCCAAGCUGCGCCGACUAGAUAAGUUGGAAUCACGAUACCAUGAACUUCUCAAAGCCUACCGCGUGGCGCAUUCGCGCGUCCUCUCGAUCGAACCCUUUGAAGCGGCCCUGCGCGAAAAUACCCCUCUUACCUCGAUCGGCGAACCCAAGGCCCUGACCGAGUAUCUCAAUCAGAUGUCACUGAAGACUGACAUGGUCAUGGAGGAGAUGAAGCGAGUUGCAAUUGAGCGAGACGACUACAAGAAGAAAAUGGACGAGGCUCAAAAAUCAACCAAGGAAGCGUGGGAUGAAGUCGCCGGUCUGAAAGAUAAAAACAAAGAGAUUGCAUCCGAAGAGAAAAAGUCGCUCGAUGAGAAGGAAGAAACGAGCGAGGAAUUCUUUUCUUAUGACAACGAGGUUCCCCGACUGGAAGGCGAGCUGAAAGAAAAACAAGAAGAGGUCGACCACCUCAAGUCCGAAGUCGAGAAGCUCAAAACCGAUCUGUUUGUCACUCGAGAGUCGACCGAGGGUAUGGUACAGAACUUGGAAUCGGCCACCCGGGAGCUGGUGGAGCUGCGAGACACCAAGGAUAAACUGGAUGCCGAGAUUGAAGGCUUGAAUACGUCGAAGCAGACCGAUGUCGACGAACUCAAAGCGAAACUUGCGACCGUCGAGUCCUCUCUCGAAAGCACCACCGCCGAGGCUGAGAAGCUGAAGAAUGAUCUAAAGAUCAAGAAUGAUGAGAUCGAGAAGCUGCAAGCUCAAGCAUCCGAAGCUGAUAAAGUGGAGAAGGCGGAGGACAACUCGGAACUGGUGUCGCAGCUGGAGGAGGCCAAGAAAGACAAGGAGACUAGCGAGAAGCGCCUUGGUGUCCUACAAAGUCUAGUCGAUACCGUCAAUACGCAGCUCAAGGAAUCGGAGAGCACUGUGCUAGCCCUCAAAGCUGAUAUCAGUCAAAAGUCCGAAAGUAACGGUCGCCUCCAGAAGAUUGUUGAUUUUGUGGACACCAACCUGCAGGACAACGAAGCCUGGCAAUCAUCCAAGGACAAGGUUUCUGCUGGGGAAACGGCCGACUUCGAAGAGAUCCGCAAGACCCUGGCUCCCACCGAGAAGGUUGUUGUGCCCAGCACAGCUGCCCCUGAAGACGACUCGCAAUCUGCCGCAGCGGUGCCUACCGCUGGUGGAGGUGGAGGAGGCAAAAAGAAGAACAAGAAGAAGAAGAAGGGCGGAAAGGUGGCUGAGGAACCGUCCAAGCCGGCCGAGGCUACUCCUGAACAACCCCCGAAGGAAUCCCCAGCCACAUCCACCGCAUCCACUGCAGAGCUGGAAGAGCUGAAGCAAAAGAUUGAGUCUCUCACUAAACAAUUGUCGGACAAGGAGGACGCCAUCGACCGCCUUAGUGCCAAGCUCAAGGGAGAGGAAGACCUGAAAGAGGAGAUCGAGUCUUUGCGCGAUGAUAUUGUCAAUGUUGGACAGGAACACGUCGAAGCCAAGGAUAAGAUCAAGGAGCUGAAUGCCCAGAAGACAGCGCUGGAAGAAACCAUCGGCAAGCUCGAGAAAGAGCUGGUUGAGCUUCGUAUCAACAGUGCCUCAACCUCUGCAGAUUCGGAGAAGAUGCACACCUCUCUCAAAGAAGAGUUUGAGGGCCUCAAGGUUCGAGCAGCCACUCUGGAGACAGAUCUUUCAGCCGCACAGCAACUGGCUACCACCCGGUUCAAGGACCUGACUGACCUGCGUGAAACUCUCCAAAAAGUUCAGCCUGAGUUGCGCAGCCUUCGAGCUGAAUCCUCAGAACUGAAGACAUUGAAGGAAACCCUUACUGGCAAGGAUAAGGAGCUCAGAGUUCUGGAGUCCAAGCAUGAGGAUUUGCGUGCGGAGCUGAAAACCACAAAGACCAAAAUCUCUGAACGCGACACAGAAGUGAGCAGUUUGAACAAGAAAAUCCGCCAAGAGACUGAUGGUCGUCUUAAAGCGGAGGAGAAUCUUAACGUUGCCCAAUCAGAUCUCCGCUCUGCCGAGUCAAGAAAACAGGAUGCUAUCAAUGCCAAGGAUAAGACCGCAGGAGACCUCGUCAAGUCUCAAAAUAAUCUUAAGAGUUCUCGUACCAAGAUUCGGGAAAUGGAUGAGCAAAUUUCCCAGCUCAACAAAGACCUUGGAGGCCUCCGAGAAGAAAUUAGCCUGAAGACUGCACAGCACACGAGCGCACAAAGUCUGAUGAACAACAUGCGAGAUCAGACCGCUGAGAUGGCCAUGCAGAUGAAAGAAGCUCGCGAAAGAUGCGAUAGCCUAGAGGAGGAGCUUGGCGAGGCGCACCGCCUCUUGAGCGAACGCACUCGUGAAGGUGAAACAAUGCGCCGCCUUCUCAACGAUAUCGAGAGUCGCUGUGAUGCUAAGGUCCGAGAUUACAAGGAGCGUAUGGAGGCCGCAAUCGAAGAACGAGACCGUGCUGAAGACGAGGCCAGUACCCAGGGCCGCCGUCGUGCACGGGAGAUGGAAGAGUUGAAGUCCAAGGUGCGCGACGCUGAACGGACCUUGCGCACGGCUGAACAAGACAAAGAGGAACUAGAGAACUCCCAAAAGGACUGGCGUCGUCGUCGGGAUGAACUGGAACUUCUCUCAGAGCGUUCUACCCAAGAGGUAGAAGAGGUGAGACAAGCCAUGUCUGGUCUACGCGAAGCACUGGAUGAAAGCGAGAAACAGGUCCGUGGCCUGGAGAAAGAGAAAGCCGAGCUCCGUCGCUCCGUCGAAGAAACAAAUAAUCGACUUGAGAAACUUCGCAAAUCACACAAAACUCUGGGUGAAGAUGUCCGUCUCCGUGGACUAGAAUCUGGUCGUCAGUCCUCUCGGUCAUCGAUUGAUUCCGGCUCGAGGCGUGGCGUUGUCUCGCCGUCUGGUCAGGACCGGAGUGCGUCUACUCGUCGGAGUGAUGCUCCUUCAGCUGGACCAAAUACUCAAUCCAUUGAUUACAUGUAUCUGAAGAAUGUUUUGCUCCAAUUCCUGGAACAGAAAGAUAAGACUUAUCAGAAGCAGCUGAUUCCGGUUUUAGGAAUGCUGCUCCAUUUUGAUCGCACCGACGAACAAAAGUGGAUGUCUGCCAUCAUGUCGAAGUGA